AUGGCCGAGGAUCAAAGCGACAAGGACGAUGAAUCCUAUGGCGAGCACCUGUUCAGAUACACAUUCGACGAGGGGCGGCAAGAGCCCCGGUUUCUCAUUUUUCGAGGUCUUCAACUCAUGAAUAUCUACAACAUGCAAAAUGACUUGGCCAAGCUAAAGCACGAUAUCAUGACAACAAAAACCGCAGAGACCCAACAGACCGAAUCCCUCGCUAAAACCUUGCACAACUAUACAAAUGCGAUCCGCGACUAUGAAUAUUUGACCCGUCUGACCCCGAUCACCGGCUCUCAAGCCCGUCGUGGUCGCCUCGAUCUGGAGCGCGUUUUCGGCGAUGAGUCCUACCAAUUCAUCGACGAAGGCACCGGCUAUCGUCGUUUCGACGACCCUUCCCUUCUACCCACGGAUAAUCUCCGCGAGGUUCUAAAACGACGUCUCCCUCGCUCAAUGACCUACACAAAUUACGACAUCCGUAACCGCACAGAAGAAUAUUUCAACAACGAGCCUCCUGAACAGGUAUCUCCGCUGGUGGAUAGACUAGCGAGGUUUUUGGUGGCAUUUCUGGGUGGUGCAAUGUUGGUUGUGCCGAUGAUGGUUAUGCGGCUGCCAGAGGUUACAGUUGUGAAGAGUUUGGUGACGACUGAAGACUGCCGCUUCGAUAUUCGUGCAUUCGGCGGAAAACUCAUCCCAGAACUCGUGGCCCAGAUCGGUUACAAUGCCGCACUUGAUUCAUGUGUAGCCGCUAUGGUUACGCUUUAUAGAUCUCAUCAGUGUCCGAGUUUGAGGGUUGAAGGGUUGACGCAUUAUGGAGAUGCUUUGGCUGCUACGAGAAAAGCGAUUACUGAUCCAAAGGAGCCCAUCAUGAUGAAAAUGCAGGUCGUUUCCGUCAUGUUUGUGUGUCAUUACUGGAUCGAUCGUAAAUCAGUCGAACAACAUCGUGAGAUAAUAUCAGUUCUUUUUCGGGAAGCUGUUUUGAAAAAGCAAUUGGACGAUCUGGAGCCAUACAUGGUUGGACUGACACAAUUAGCGGUCAUGGCAAGCUUUCUGAAUCCUCAGUUCGAGCUAGGGCCAUGGUUCUGGGAAGCAUGUGAAACAAUAGGCACUCCUCGACCUGUCAAGUAUCACCAAGGAAGCUUCAUCAGUCUAGAAUCUGGGACACUAGCCGAGGUUUCCAUUUUUAUGCGCUCACCAAAGAAGCAUAUUCACCAACUACAAUGUAUCUACAGCGUUGUACAGUUUGAAAUGCCCAAGGUUAGACGGCUUAUCUCACUGGCGACGGCAGCAGCAGCAGCGCCCAAUGCACAAGCCAUGUCAAAAAGAGUAUGCAGUUCAUACAGAUUUGCAUACGCAAUACUUCUCGCCAUGACAGCAGUGAUCAACCACACUCUGCAAAUAUGGGACAAGAAUCUUGAUCUUGUUAGGGAUGUUCACGAUUGUGUGGAUGAAUCUAUCGCUCUGGUACAGCAGUGUGAGAGUGCUCGCCCAUAUGGGGCCAUGUUUGUACCUGAAUUUCUUACAAUGGUAUAUGCAGCGGCAACAGAUGGAUACAGGAAUGACGAGAUGAUGAGUAUACUAUUGGAUUACGAGAGCGAUUGUAUUGGGGCGGACUAUUUGGGACAGGCUUUAUCGGUCAGGGAACGACUUUAUGCAAUGGAGAUGCGAGAGACGGUGGAGGAGAUUAAGACGGGAUUGGAUGUGGGUGUCGAAGCAGGAACACAGACUACGACAGAGGUUGAACAAGAUUACCAGGCAGUUAGUGAGUGUACAAUACUAUAG